AUGACCCAGAUAAAAGCUGUAAUUAAACAAAUUGAAAGUGUAAUACAUCAUUUAGAUACAUAUCUGCCUUUAGCUAAUGCCCAUAUGGUUGAGUACUUUACAAAGGACACAUUUAACAUUUUUAUGCCCGCUGAUGUGGCAAGUGAAAUACAGGAGUUUGGCUGUUUAGAAAUAAUCGAGUCAAUUUUUGCACAAGAACUAAAAAACAAACCAAAUAUUAAAGAUUUUAUCGACACAAAUGAAAGGAUGAGUUUGAAAAAUAUCCCCAUUUGUCUCAGUUUGAAGCAAUUCCAGAAAAGUCUAAUGGAAAUGGGAAGUUCUGAACUGUCUAGUUUAAAGUUGGACAUCUUUAUGAACUCAAAAAAAUCCCACGAAGUUGAGAUUUUGAGUUGCAUCAUUGCCGCAUUAAAAGAAGUGUCUCGCAUAUCCCACGUUAUAGAUAUUGGUGAUGGAAAAGGUUAUUUAAGUUCAAUGCUCGCUUUAAAUUACCAAAUACCAGUUCUUGGCAUUGACGCAUCUAAAGUAAAUACGGAGGGAUCAGUUCAGAGGGCUAGGAAGUUAGCCAAAGUUUGGAACAGGGUAGUUAAUAAUGAAAAGAGAAGGGAAACUUACAUUGAUCAUUAUAAGCAGAUCACCCAAUUCGUAGACGAGAAUACCGACUUUAACAGAUUGGUCGUCAAUGUGUUUUUGGAAUCACCCAAUGGUAUGGGCAUAGUGGGACUGCACACAUGCGGCAAUUUAGGCCCCGCGUGUCUUGAAAUAUUUCACAAAACUCAAGAUGUCCAGUUACUCUGCAACGUGGGGUGCUGUUACCACUUUUUAACAGAGCUCACUGAUGGCGAUGCAAACAAUGUAAAAUUUCCUAUGAGCGGAUUUUUAAAAACUAAACAGUACAAACUUGGCAGGGCCGCUCGAAUGAUCGGGUGUCAGUCCAUCGAGAGGAUUUUGCAUAAAAGGGAACUACCGAGCAAAACAAUAUUUCAGAGAGCUUUGUUUGAAAUAGUGCUGGAAAAAAGCUCUACAUUUGUGCCCUACGAAAAUAGGCAGGUUGGACGUUUUCGUAAAGAGUGUGUCACAUUUCUAGAGUAUGCUAAAGCAGCUUCCAAAAGAAUAAACUUCGAUUUAACAAUGUCCGAUGAAGAAAUCGACCUUCUGUUUAGAGAAUAUGAAAGUAGGGUUAAUGAAUUGAACCUGUUCUACUUAAUGAAGUCCAUGUUAGGCCCGGCUAUUGAGAGUCUUAUCUUACUUGAUAGAUUGUUAUUUUUGCAAGAAAACGGUUAUACUAGUUCUUACAUUGUCCAACUUUUCGAUCCAGUUGUGUCUCCUAGAUGUUACGGAAUCAUAGCUCUAAAACCUAAUGCCUUAUAAUUUUUUUGUGUUUUUCAUUUUUAAAUAGAAAAUAAAAGUGUACUACAAGUGUUAA